UCCGGAGCUUCCAGGACGGGAGCCUCAGGGACGCGAUGGCCGUGAUCGAUCUGGUCGAUGCCAUUAACCCCGGGACGGUGAAUUACGAUAAUGUCAGGACGGGCGGGCAGGAGGAGGACAACAUCGCCAACGCCAAGUACGCGAUCUCCAUGGCCAGGAAGAUCGGCGCGCGCAUCUACGCCCUCCCCGAGGACAUCACCGAAGUCAAGCCGAAGAUGAUCAUGACGGUGUUUGCCUGCCUCAUGGCUCGGGACUACAUCCCUAGCAUGGAUGCCAAGAAGAACUAGGGAUGAGAGGAAGGAGGAGGAGAGGAGAGGAGAAGAGGAGGAAGAGGAUGAGGAAGAGGAUGAGGAAGAGGAUGAGGAAGAGGAGGAGAGGAAGAGGAGAAGAGGAGGAAGAGGAAGGAGGAGAGGAGAAGAGG